GGCCACACUCUACUUCCACUCCCAAUUCCCAAAGCCUCCCAACUCUUUCUCUUCGGCCUUCGCUUCUACCAAAAACCCUAGGCUAGCCCGUAGCAGCGAAAUCGAAAAGGGAAGAAGAACAGCGGUCAGCCGAGCCCGAGCGCCCGAUCGGCGAUCUCUCCCAGACACCGGCCACCGCGACUCCUCGCUUCCAGAUGGCGAAGUCUCGACCUGCGACAGCCGCCGGAAGCAGUUCCCGUUCUCGAAUCGACGAUCGAGCGGAAGUCCAAGCGACGGAAGAACCUCCUUCACCCAAAAAGCAAAAGACCCAAGGCCGACCUGAUCAGCGUGAUGUGGUAGAGCCGUUGCCGUCGCCGUAUGCGCUUAUAAAUCCGGCGUCAGGAGAAGAGAAGCUAGCGGCCGAUCCUAUGGAGGAGGAGGAGGAGGACGACGACGACGACGACGAGUUGCCUGUAUCAUUGGAUGAACACGGUCGCAAUCGCAACAGCAAAUUUUAUGAACAAAUGGUGGCAUGUUCGGUGAUUGGCCGAGACCCGGAAGAACCAAUGUGGUGGUUUGACUCCGAUGAUGAGACCGCAGAAGAACGGGAAAUCACGAGAAGGGAAACCGCUAUGAUUGCCAAGGAAGCCUUGGACUCUUACAACGAGAAGAACAAGGGUGUUAAGUAUGUGCUCGAUGAGCCAAGGCGUAGCUGUAAAACGCUGUUUCACCUUGCAAUUGUCACCCACUUCAAUUUCACUGCUAGGGAGGAGAACAACCCUUCUUCCUGCCCCCACCGGUUUUUCGCGGAGACUGUCACAUACUAUGGUGGACGUUUGGAAGUUCCGACUUGCAUCGACUUGGAGAGUUUUGCACCUGGUAGUGAUCAACUCCACAAAGCCUGCAUCUAUUGUCCGGAGGAAAUCGAGCAUCCACCCGAGGAAAUUUGCGUGUACGGCAAGAACACGGUCGAUGAUUGGAAAAAGUUCGAGUACGAAACUGCAGAGGACGAGGUGAUGACCCCCGAUUCACCAGACUCGGGCGAAAAAUGAAGUUGGCUUCGCGUUACCUCUCAUUGACGUACACCCUCAGAUGUUGAUUCUGAAGUAGUAAAUUCUUAUGUUGCUAGCUACCGACCUAACGUUGUUUUAACUUAUUUUGCACUCCAUGCUAGUAUCAGGAGUUUGAAUCUUUUCUCUCAUGUUGGUAUGUUAUUUAUUAUCUGUUGCUAUCAGUAGUCACAACUCACAUAUGUUUGGUUUGAGUGAGUGUGCUUGAUGUUCAUGAUCUGCACUCAAAACUCUUUUCUAGUAUGUAUAUCUGCCAUCAGUUCAGUUCUGUAAGUUGGUUUAUGACCAUCGACUUAAAUAUCAAUAUCAACUUAUUGCUCAGUAUUCUG